CUUUCAUACCGCCGCUGUUUUCGCUACCUUAUUCUCUCGCUCCUGAAAAUGUCUUGCUGUGGAGGAAAGUGCAGCUGCGGCUCUAGCUGCAAAUGCGGCAAUGGCUGCGGAGGGUGUAAAAUGUAUCCAGACAUGAGCUAUGCAGAGAAAACCACAACUACGACUCUCAUAGUUGGUGUUGCUCCUCAGAUGAAGUAUUUUGAAGGGUCUGAAAUGAAUGGUGCUGAGAAUGGAUGCAAGUGUGGAUCCAACUGCAAUUGUGACAAUUGUGGCUGCAAGUAGAAAUCCCCUCUCUUUCGAGGAAGUGGAAGAAGAAAAAGUAACCUAAUUUAAUAAUGUUUAAUUAUGAACUUUGUUGUUUAAGUGUUUGUUGGGGAUCAUAGGAGAAUAUGGUUUUAUGGUCUGUUUGUGUUUGUGUGGUUUAAUGAAGAUGGGUAGUCUAUAGUCUAUACCAUCAAUCUAUUUAAAGAACCCUACUUUUAUUUAUUUA